UUGACGGACACAAGAGUCUGAAGAGCCUGAAGACGCUCAGAGGUUUUCUAAUAUUCACAGUUUUCUGUUUGACGCUUCAACAAGAUUCUACAGAGUAUUUGGCUGUAGCUGCCUCUUCGAGGAGCCAUUUGCUUGUGGGACACCAAGGUUCUGGAGGAGCAGGUCCUGGUUUAUGUCCAACAGCAGCUGCAGAGGCUCCACAGGCUCCUGGCCUCAGAUUACCCAGAAUGCUCUGAGGGUGAGGAGCUGAGCACAGAGGUUCUGAACAUCACCCUGGACUUCCUGAAGAAGAUGGACCAGGAGCAUCUGGCCCAGCGUCUGCAGAACAGUAAGAACAACCCAAACGCACGUACAACAGGGACUGAAGUUGGAGUUCACUGUGAGAAACUGAAGAGGCAUCUGCAGCAGAGAUUCAGUCGUGUGUUUGAGGGCGUGGCUAAAGCAGGAGACUCCGCCCCCCUGACCCAGAUCUACACAGAGCUCUACAUCACAGAGGGCGGAGCCUCAGAGGUCAACCAGGAACAUGAGGUCAGACACAUGGAGAUGGCGUCCAGGAGACCGGCCGCUCCAGAGACCAGCACAUGUGAAGACCUCUUUAAACCCCGCCCACAUUCACCACAGCCAAUCAGAGCAGAGCUGUCAAAAAGAAAAGGAUUGAAGUCAAUAACGAAUAAACUAUUUGGUAAAAGUAAACCAGAUAAAACAACACUGAAAGAGGCACAUACAGCAGUGAGAACAGAGAAGACAGAGCAGCCAAUCAGAUUAGUGCUGACGAAGGGCGUGGCCGGCGUGGGGAAAACAGUGCUGACUCAGAAGUUCAGUCUGGACUGGGCUGAAGGCCGGGCCCACCAGGACCUCCAGCUGCUGUUCCCGUUCACUUUCAGAGAGCUCAAUGUGCUCAGAGACACACAGUUCAGCCUGGUGGAGCUGCUGCACCACUUCUUCAGUCCAUCCAAACAUCUCUGCAGCUUCCAACAGCUCCAGGUGCUCUUCAUCUUUGACGGUCUGGACGAGUGCAGACUUCCUCUGGACUUCGGCCGAACCCGGGUCCUGACCGACCCCACAGAGUCCGCCUCAGUGCACGUGCUGCUGGUGAACCUCAUCAGGGGGAGCCUGCUUCCCUCCGCUCGCCUCUGGAUAACCACGCGCCCCGCCGCGGCCAAUCAGAUCCCUGCUGAGUGCGUCUCCAUGGUGACAGAGGUGCAAGGGUUCACUGACCCGCAGAAGGAGCAGUACUUCAGGAAGAGUUUCAGAGACCAGGCCACAGCCGUCAUCUCCCACAUCAAGAGCGUCCACAGCCUCCACAUCAUGAGCCACAUGCCGAUGUUCUGCUGGAUCCUCUCCACAGUUCUACAGAAGCUUCUGGAACAAACAGAGGAACCAGAGCUGCCCCGGACUCUCACACAGAUGUACGUCCACUUCCUGGUGGUGCAGGCCAAAGUCCAGAACAUCAAGUAUCACCAGGGAUCAGGGGAGGACCUUCACUGGACUCCAGAGACCAGGGAGAUGGUGAAGUCUCUGGGAAAACUGGCCUUUGAGCAGCUGCAGAAAGGAAACCUGAUCUUCUACGAGAGUGACCUGAGCGAGUGUGGGCUGGACGCUGCAGCGGCCUCAGUGUACUCCGGAGUGUUCACACAGGUCUUUAGAGAGGAGCCAGGCCUGUACCAGGACAAGGUCUACUGCUUCAUCCAUCUGAGUGUGCAGGAGUUUCUGGCUGCUCUUCACGUCCAUCUGACCUUCUUCAGCUUUAGAGGGAACCUGCUGGAGACACCACACUCCUCUGAGAGUCCAGACCCUGAAGUCUUCUACCGCUCUGCUGUGGACCAGGCCUUACAGAGUCCAAACGGACACCUGGACCUGUUCCUGCGCUUCCUCCUGGGGCUGUCUCUGCCGACCAAUCAGAGGCUGCUGCAGGGUCUGCUGACUCUCACAGGAAGUAAACGGAUCAAUCAGGAGACAGUAAAGUUCAUCAAAGAGAAGCUGGAUGAAGAAAGUCUGUCUGCAGAGAGAAGAAUGAACCUGCUCCACUGUCUGAACGAACUCAACGACCACACUCUGCUGGAGGAGAUACAGAAGUAUAUGAGAGAAGGAGAACUUUUCUGGAUAAAUUCUCCUGCUCAGUUGUCUGCUCUGUCCUUCAUCUUACUGUCCUCAGACUCAGACCUGGAGGAGUUUGACCUGAGGAAAUACCAGGGCUCAGAGACAGCUCUCCUGUGUCUGCUGCCGGUGGUCAGAGCCUCCACCAAAGCCCUUCUUUGUGGCUGUGGUCUGUGUCUCCUCACAGCUGUGGUCCUCUGGCCUCAGUCCUCAGCUCCUCCAGUCUCACACAUCUGGAUCUCAGUCACAACGACCUCCAGGACUCAGGAGUGGAGCUGCUGUGUUCUGGACUGAAGAGCGCCCCCUGCAGACUGGAGACGCUCAGGUGAGACGCUCCCAUGAUGCACUCUGCCCCCUUGUGUCCACAUGAG